AUGAUUCUUUGGAAAAAACCAAAAGUGUAUGAAAUAUUGAAUGGUGGACCAGCCGGCCCGGCUAUACGAUAUGCAAAAGUUGGCGAUAGUGUGUAUCAUAAGUGGACAUGUGUUUCCGAAAUGGGCGACAUUUAUUGCAUGAGAGUUCAUACCUGCACGGUUAAUGAUGGUCAAGGCGGCGAUGCGGUUGAAGUGAUCGACAAAAAAGGGUUAGCGCUUGCGAGGCAUUGGUCUAUUUACAUUCGAUGUAGUAUCUCAUUUACUUGUAAUACUUGA